GCCCACUGAAUUGUGCAGUUGUUAGCAGAGAGUAAAGUGCUAUGGACUCCACUGAUAUGGGAUUUUUGCAGCUGAUCCCGAUUUUAGAGAGGGGAGAGAUUCAGAUGAGCCAGGAUGAAAAAUAGAACUUUUCUAUGAGGACUGUGCACCGAUUUGACGAUGCAAAGGCUUUGGGUGGAGAGUUGGAUACUCGGGCCACGGAGCGGAGAACGACCCUGAAACCUGCUGCGUUGCUUGUGGGCAAGCUGACUUCUCAAUGUGAAGCUAUCCCAUGAUGCAACAUGUGUCCCCAGCACCUGCAGUGACAAUGAUGGCCACCCAGAGCGUUCCUCCACCAUCGUACCAGGAGAGCCAACAGAUGACGGGCACCAGUCAACAGAACACCAAGACCCCACAGGUCCAUAUCCCAGCAGCCUCUGCAGCAGGAAAUACCUCUGUCAGUGUGACCCUUGACCCCCAGGCCCAGCUUGAGUCUGACAAGAGGGCCGUUUACAGACAUCCACUGUUCCCCCUGCUGGCGUUGUUGUUUGAGAAAUGUGAGCAGGCCACACAGGGUUCUGAAUGCAUCACGUCUGCCAGCUUUGAUGUGGACAUCGAAAACUUCGUGCACCAGCAGGAGCGAGAACACAAGCCCUUCUUCAGCGAAGAUCCAGAACUGGACAACUUGAUGGUAAAAGCCAUUCAGGUGUUACGGAUCCACCUAUUGGAGUUAGAGAAGGUCAAUGAGCUCUGUAAAGAUUUCUGCAACCGGUACAUCACCUGCCUCAAGACCAAGAUGCACAGCGACAACCUUCUCCGUAACGACCUCGGCGGACCCUAUUCUCCAUCACACACCAGUCUCAACAUGCAGCAGGAACUAAUUCAGACCUCCUCUCCAUCCAUGACCUCUGUCUCCAGCUCUGUUAACCCUUCAGGGAUUGUGGUGCCUGCCGGGGGUCUGCAACAAGGCAAUGUCGCCAUGACUACAAUCAACUCUCAAGUGGUAUCGGGUGGGACCCUUUACCAGCCGGUUGCCAUGGUGACAUCGCAAGGGCAAGUGUUAACGCAGGCGCUGCCGCCGGGAACCAUCCAGAUCCAGAACUCACAGGUAAACGUGGACCUGUCGUCCCUGUUGGACAGCGAAGACAAGAAGUCCAAGAACAAGAGGGGCGUCCUGCCCAAGCACGCCACCAACAUCAUGCGCUCUUGGCUCUUUCAGCAUCUCAUGCACCCAUACCCGACAGAAGACGAGAAGAGGCAGAUCGCAGCACAGACAAAUCUAACCCUUUUGCAAGUGAACAACUGGUUCAUCAAUGCUCGUCGGCGUAUCCUCCAGCCUAUGUUGGAUGCCAGUAAUCCAGACCCGGCUCCUAAAGCGAAGAAAAUGAAGUCCCAGCACCGUCCGACUCAACGCUUCUGGCCCGACUCCAUCGUGGCUGGAGUUCUCCAGUCACACAGAUCUCAAACAGGAAACAACUCAGACAACCCGCUGAGUAUGGAUAGCCUCCAGUCGCUGUCGUCAGAUUCAGCCACCCUGGCCAUGCAGCAAGCCAUGCUGGGAGCCGACGACUCCAUGGAUGGCACCGAGGAGGAGGACGAAGAGGAAGAGGAGGAGGAGGAAGAGGAAGGAAUGGAGGAGGAAGAAGAGGAUGAGGACGGAGAGGAGGAAAACGACAGGGGGAGGCAAAUGUCCAAUGUAGGAAGGAGAGAUCUGAGCAUGGAGCACAGAGAGGAACUGGAAUAGUCGAGUAGAGGAACAAAAAACUAUAUAAACUUUGACCUCGGUUGUCCUCUCAGUGUGGCCUCAUUCAAACUGAACUAGGACGACUCAUAUGCUAAGUGACUCUUGAGAGCAUUUAAGGGCAUAUUAGGUUUUCUCCAAAUUCAUCAGAGACUCUUCUGCAGAGCCGCCGUGGAGUCUAAUCAGACACAGUGACCGUCACGAUCAUGAUUAUAGAAGACGAAUAUUAGUUUAACGAUAAUUAUGUGUUGUUUCAUUUCAGUAUAGUAUGUUUUCAUGCAGUGAGCUCUUGAAAUAUUUGGAUAGUAGCACAUUUUUUGGGGGAUUCUCUGGUUAUUCGUGGAAAGAAAUGGCACAGGAAUCAAAAAGGUUGAACGCAUCACUGCCGGUUUUAAACUGAGGACGGUUAGAGCAACAGUUUAAAGCGGUAGCCGUGACAUUUCGAGUCCGUUUUGAAUUCAGGUUACAGUGACCUAAUAAAAGGGAAAUGAGAGAAUGAGGGGCCUUGAGUAGUUGCACAUACGUUAAGAAACUAACUUUGUUUGUGCGAAGAACAGCAAAUGAACUGAAUGUAAUCUAUCCAAAUAUUUUGGCACCGUGAAACGAGUUACAGAAAAAGGCUGUAGCUUUUUUUAACUGUUCAUUUCAUGUGUGAACUGAACGUACUCUCACUUUUCAACUGACAGUCUACACUUUAUAGAUACAGUUAACAGUGUCAUUUCGCUUCCUAAAAUAAGCGCGAGCAGCCAAGAGAAAGGAGCAGAAGAGAGAGGGGGGGAAAAAAGGUGUAAGGCUGUCCAAAUAUCUGCACAAGUGACUGUAUACGUUGGCUGUUUGCUUCAACCGGUGGGACAUCAUUCGCGCCUUUUCAAUGACUCAUAGGUUCUCAGGUCGAACAACACUCGCAUUCGGCAUGUCGUUUUCCUCAUGAGUGAAACACUCGACUCACUGCUGCAGCAAACCUUUUCAAGCAUGACUUUUGAAACGAUCUUAGUUUAAUUUUUUCUUAUCCCAUGAGCAAAAAAAAAAAAGAAGAAGAAGAAGAAGAAGAAAAAAAAAAGCAACUGUAGUAAACCAGUGUAUACGGACUGCACAUAUAGUAUGUAUAUUAGAUUUUUCAUAUGUUUGCAUUCUGGUGUUAAAGGUUUGCAUAUUUAUUCAGUUUUUAUUUCGUGUGGCCUCAGAGGGUAGCUCAAGGAACAACAUGACAACGGCAGUUGCUUCUGCAUAUACUGUAGAUUUCACAAACUCUGGCUAUUGCAUUAGCUGGUGGCCGUGCACAUACUUGACUUCAACCAUCAACUCUUAGAAAAAUAAAUUGCUUGUGUAUUUUUUUUGUGACCUUGGGCGAUUCUGUCACAAAAUAAAAAAGCCGCCACCACCACCACAAACUGUCUCACCCACAUCUCGACAUCGUGAGAGAAAACUCUCACACACAGACGACGGACAAUGACUUUGGAGUUUCCACGAGACGGAGCCAAUGUCAUUUACUGACACACUUUUUUUCAAGGAAGAAGAUAAUUUUGAAGAAAAUGAGAAAGAGAUCCGGGGGAGGGAGGGGAAGAAAACAAACAAAAAAAAGAACUGCGUAGUAACGUCUCUUUCGAUUUUAUGUGAAGGGUUUUGAAGAAACUGUGAAACAAUUUCAGCUCUGUUUUGUACGAGAACACACGAAAAAUGGAGUCGCUCGUUUCUAAUGUGAAGAUGUCUAGAAAAAGAAAAAAAAACACGUUAUAUUGAAUGUUCUGAUUGUUCAUCGUGAAGUUUGUUGCUCAUUAAUAUUCUUUUCUCCGUUUACUUUUUUUUAAAUUGAUCUUCCAGAGCAAGUGACAGACAAUAGGGAAUAUUUCUAUUUCAUUUGUACACUUUGUUGUCAUAAUCUAUUGUGUUUCAAUAGACCAAUUUUAAUAAUUAAAACAUGUAAAGGUA